ACUUCCGGUUUUCACACGUGACCCUCCGCCCAGAGAUAGGAAGCGAACAUGGCGGUGAGAGAAGCUGAGACGCAAUUACUACAGCUGCAGGAAGAUAUGAUUACGACUCAAGAAAACGUACAACACAUAGAUAAGGACUACCAGAAACUCAAGGGCUUAUCUAGAACUGCUGUGGAGGAGUUUGAUCUGGUCAAGGCAAAGUGCGAGGAAUACUACAAAAAAUUCCAAACUGAGCAUGAAAAGUAUCUAAAAGCAAAGCAAGACUUGGACCGUUUAAAGGACGUAUCCAGCUUGGCAUUAGAUGAGUAUGAGAAUCUGCACAGAAAGUAUGAGGUGGAGCAAGAAUGCCGAGAUAAGGCUGUGGAGAUUGCUACUGAGAUGGUCAAUAAAAACAAAAAGCUCAAGAGGCAAAGUCAAAUGAUAUUUACACAGAUUGCAAGCUUGAAUGGCGAUGGCAUUAAUCUGGCUGAACUGCAGUCAUUUGAGAUUCUGAAUGAGUCAGCUUCAGAUGAUUCAGGAUCAGAGAGUUCAUCUUUAAUCUUACAGGAAGAAAUAAAAGAGUUGAAAAGCCUGGUUGAAAGAUUAAAGAUACAGUUGAAUGAGACACAUGGAAAGCUGACAGAAAAUCAAGAUUUGUUUUCCAAAGAAAAAGAGGCUCAUGCUGUGACAAGGAAAAAGCUUGCUUCUUGUGAAAAGCAACUCAGACAGCUGAAUAGAGUGUCUGUGCUGGCCUACGAAGAGUUCAACAUUUUACAGCAGAGAUUAGAGAUGGAGUCAGUGUGCCGUGCAGAGGCUGAGAAACUUGCUCUUGAUGCAAAAAGAAAUGAUGAAGAGUUGAACCGUAAGAAGGAAAUUCUGCAAGAGGCCAACCAAGAUGAGAGGUUAGCUAAGGCAUUUGCUGAGAAUGACAGAUUAAACAAAGAACUCCUCCAACAAAAGACACAAGCAGAAGAAAAGAUUAAAGAUCUAGAAGAAGAAGUUUCAUCAUCAAAAGAUUGUGAAUAUAUUAAAGGUUUGCAAAGUCGGCUUGAUCUUGUGCAAGAGGAAGUAGAAAACUUGGAAAAUCAACUAACAGAGGCCCAGAAAAAAGAAAAAGAUGCUGAAGACAAAAUUUCCCAGCUCGAAAAGAAACUUGAGGAAGCUAAGAGUAUGGCCGCAGCUACGCCCCCACCCCUAUGUGCACCACCACCACCACCACCUCCCCCACCCCCUCCCCCACCGCCGCCUGGUCAGCUCAUCAAAAAAUUCAUGGGUAUGAUGGGAUCUAAAAAAAAGAACAGUUUGAAACGCGCCAAGAAGCCUGAUGACCCUGUAGCCAACGCAAUGAAGGAGAUGAUGGAUCGCAUUAACAAGGGAAAAAUACAACUCAAGCCCGUCUCAAUUCCUAACCGUUGUGAUUACAAACGCGACGAGGAGAAAGCCCCAGCUAUGAAUGAACUCGGUAGUUUGCUGAAAACAAUGAAAUCCAAGAGUUCCUACUCUCUCGAUAAGUCCCCGACAGGAGACCGAGACAGGGAGCCCGAGUGGGAGACUCUGAAGCUGCGAAAGCGCUCUGACGCUUACUUACCGCGCCAACCCUCGGAGUCGGUGGAGAACCCGGCGUUCCAAGCGAAGUCGAUUCUCCGCAAACCCAGGAGUCGCUCGAUGGGAGAUAUGCUGGACGAUAAGCCGCGAGAGGAGGAGAAGUCAGAACUACAGAAGAUCCUCAAGAAACAAAAAGCCGUCGCCGAGAGAGAAAUAGAGGGUCAAGAAAACCCGGAUGAUACUACAACCCCAGCCGCAUCAUCGAGCGAGCAGCAGUGAAUUUGAGUUGCAAGCCUAGGACAAUAUUAUUAACAACUACAACAACAAGUAGCAGUAAAUGUGAAGAUGGCGCAAGGACAAUCACAAACAUAAGGGAGUUGUACCAAGUGAAAAAUUCCUGAAAGGAAAACUUUAAUAGAAAAGCGUUGAACUCACCUAGGUUAUUUUAAUAGCAUUUAUUUCAAUCAGGAAUAUAUUUAUCCUUACGAUAGUACUAGCUGGAAAGGCUGUACAAAUUUGUCAUACAGAAUGCAGUACUUGUAAAUUAACAGAAUCGAAAAAUUGGGCGAAUAGAAUUUAUAUAUACAUAGGCGUGAAUGCAUAAGAUAUUAGUGAUGUAAAAUAGUCACUGUUUUAAACAAAUUUUGGAAAAUCAUCGCUGUCACAGAUGUAAAUAAGUUGAAUAAAAUCGUUCUUAUUUUUA